UUUCAUCUGGGGCUCGAGCAGAAGCUGCAGAAGGGAAGAGAGAGAAAUCUGCAGGCGGAAAGGGAGAGGGAAGCAAGAGGCAAAGGAAAAUUUCGUUACUGCUUCUUCCUCUCGGUUUACCUCUUCGUUAUUUGCUUCCUCUUGCUAGAUUUCUUGGCAAAGAUUACGUCUUAGUCCCAACUGUUAUUAACCACAGAGACUGGAGCCUGAGAAGAAAAGGAUUAUAUAUGGAGGGAGGCGCAGAAAGAGGUUUGGAAUGCCUGAAGACUAUGGAUGGGAGGGAGAAUAACGGGAAUGGUUCGGAGAAGGUGAUUCCUUCUUGUUGCUUAAAGGCUAUGGCCUCCGCCCCCGAGCUUGAUGCGAAGUGCCACUCCACUGUUGUUUCAGGGUGGUUUUCGGAGUUCAAAACUUUUGCUGCCGAUGAAGCUGGCAAAGAGGUUUACUUCAACAACCCAAUGUGGCCAGGGGAAGCACAUUCUCUGAAAGUAGAGAAGAUAUUGUACAAGGGAAAGUCGGAAUAUCAGGAGGUUCUGGUUUUUCAGUCCUCAGCAUAUGGUAAGGUGCUGGUUCUAGAUGGCAUUGUACAACUGACUGAGAAAGACGAAUGUGCCUACCAAGAGAUGAUUACACAUCUUCCCUUGUGUUCAAUACCAUCGCCGAAGAAGGUUUUAGUUGUUGGUGGAGGUGAUGGUGGGGUACUGAGAGAAGUUUCUCGACAUAUCUCUGUAGAGCUUAUUGAUAUCUGUGAGAUAGAUCAAUUGGUAAUUGAUGUGUCUAAGAAAUUUUUUCCAGAGUUAGCAGUUGGAUUUGAGGAUCCCCGGGUUCACCUGCAUGUUGGUGAUGCCGUGGAAUUUCUUCGGAGAGCUCCUGAGGGCAAGUAUGAUGCAAUUAUUGUUGAUUCAUCGGACCCUGUGGGUCCCGCUCAGGAGCUGGUGGAGAAGCCAUUUUUUGAGACCAUAGCUAGGGCAUUAAGACCAGGUGGUGUUCUCUGCAACAUGGCAGAAAGCAUGUGGCUCCACACGCAUCUUAUAGAAGCCAUGUUCUCUAUCUGCCGUGAAACAUUUAAAGGAUCAGUCCACUAUGCAUGGGCAAGCGUUCCUACAUAUCCAAGUGGAGUGAUUGGAUUUCUGUUAUGCUCGACAGAGGGCCCACCUGUUGAUUUCAUUCAUCCUGUUAACCCUAUUGAGAAGUUAGAAGGAGCCACAAAGCAUAAAAGAGAACUUAGGUUUUACAAUUCGGAGAUGCACUCAGCUGCGUUUGCACUGCCGACAUUUCUGAAGCGGGAGGUGAGCUCACUGCGAGAAAUUCUGAAUCCAGUGCGAUGAAGUUGUGCUCUCUUGCGGGUCGAAGCAGCAACUCUAUUAUUUAGCAGUAUAGGAUUAUCCCAUACGGAAAAUUAUGAUUAUUGCUGAAUAUUGAAUUUGAGUGAAUCAUGGAGACCUAGCUUUGAGGCUCUUGUGCAAUGAUGACUUCUUAUGUACUGUUUCUUACAAUUUCUAUGCACAUGAUAUAAAGUAUUGUUAGUAUUCUUAGGAUCA